UGCUAAUGCCACUACAUGUUAAUCAAACAGCAGUACAACAAUUGCAGUCUAGAGCAGCAGAAGUGCAGGCUACUUAAUUUGAUCAAAUGGAUGCCUCAAAGAUUUCCAAUUCCAAAGCUGAAGAGAACAUCACCUAUUUUGUGGGCACUGACCUCAUUUCAGAUGCUUGGAAUGCAUGCCAAAAUGCUUACAAGUUCAGAGAUUUCUAUGAAAAUGAAUAUAAAAACGUUUUAAUUAUCGCAUUCAGUGGUUCUCAUAAUUCAAGAGAUUAUGUCACAGACAAUGACUUUGAUGAAUGCGAUAUAAAUUAUAAUUAUAAUGUAAAAUUCAAAUGUAUGGGAGACGGUGAUUCAGAAAACACAAAGCCAGCUAUGGUACGAAAAUCGUUUUUGGACAGAUUUAUUUUCAUGUUGCAAUCAUCUAACCUCAAGCCUAAGAUUCUCAAAGCUCAGAAGGAUAAAAAAACUAUAGUCUUCACCGGCCAUUCCUUUGGUGGAGCAAUAGCAUCCCUGUCGACACUUUGGACACUAGAGAACCACCAUGAAAUUUCUCCACUGUGCAUCACAUUUGGGUGUCCGUUAGUGGGAGACAAGAUAUUUGCCAAAGCAAUUGAAAGAGAAAAAUGGUCUCCCUACUUCUGCCAUAUAGUUUCAAGGCAUGACAUUGUCCCCAGAAUUUGCUUCUCACCUUUCAAAUCACCACCCAUCUCCAAAGCCCUGGAGGAACUAAUGCCCUACUGGUAUUAUUCCAUGAGGAAUCAGAUCAAGGCAGAAAAUCAGAAGCCAAUCCAAGAUGGAAGCCACCCACUCUCAAAAGACAAUUCUCAGGAAUUUAUAAAACGGGUCAUUAGCGAUGCUUCUCAAGUAUUAACACACGAGACUGCAGCUCUUGUUGUGGGACCUGCUAAUUUAGUAGGAGGUGCUGUGAAAGACCUUAUCAAAAGGAGUCCCUACAGGCCAUUUGGUUAUUAUAUCUUCUGUUCCACCAGUGGCAGUGUAUGCUGUAUAGAAAAUACAGAAACUACAAUGCAUAUGUUGUAUUUUGCUCUGGAAAACAGCAGACUUUUUGGGGCUUGCAUUAUGGAGCACAUAGAGUACGAGAAAACAAUAAAGUACAUAUCCAAAAAUUCAGGUCUAACAGCACCGUAUUUGAAGUCUGUGAAGUCCUCAAAAUCCUCAACAGUUGAUGUUAGAAUUGAUUUGCAGUUGGAAGCAAUGGGGAUAGGUAAUCAGAAUAUUCAAGCUUGGCUCGGAUUAAAAGCUAUUGAAGACAAUAAAAGUAAAUUGACCACUAACAUGGACAAACAAAGUAUAAAGUUGGACGAGAUGCAGGACUGCAUGGCCGAGCUGGAAUGGUAUAAAAUAAUAUGUGAAGAUAACUUACCUGGUUACUAUGAUUGCUUCAAGACACACAAAAGUGAGAAGGAUUUGAAGGCAAACAAAAACAGGCUCAAGCUUGCUGCUUUCUGGGACAGAAUAACUGAACUAGUGGAGAAAGAAGAAUUGCCAAAGGAUCUCCAAACUCAAGAUAAGUGGAUCAAUGCAGGGACUGAAUACAGAUUGCUUGUAGAGCCUCUUGAUAUAGCACAUUAUUAUCGCCUAGGCAAGCAUGAAGAUUCUGGGCAUUAUAUUGCUCAUGGCAGACCUAGACGCUAUAAGCUUCUUCAGAAAUGGUUUGAGGACAAGGAGAAGAAAGGGGGAAUGCAAUCAAAGAAACGAACCCAACCAGCUACAUUGACAAAGGAUUCAUGCUUUUGGGCUCAUGUUGAAGAAGUUCAUUCUAAAACUGAUGAUGAGCUAAAAUGCUUCAUAGAGCAAUUGAAGGGAAUGAUGGAUCAGUUUAAGCUUUCCAAAGAUGUUGUCCUUGAUAACAACACCUUCAUGAAUUGGUGGAAGAACGAUCCGAAACUAUCAGAGCAUUAAAGCUUUACUGAUAAGUGUACAUGGUAUGCUUCUGUCAUCAACUGAAAAUUUGUGACAAGAGGACAUCUUAUGUUCCUAUGAAUAAGUUAUAAUGGAGCAGUAACAUAGACAUUGAUUGAUAUGUUAUAUAUUCAAGAUAGAUUGCAGGCUGCAUUCUCUUGGACUCAUUGCAGAAAUUUCUCUAGCACACAGAGUAACAUGAAUACAGAGUACACUGGAUACUGUAAAUAUAUGUAUAUGACUACAAAAGUGUCUAUUACUAAGAAGUUUGAUGUGUUUUUACCACCAUGUAUACGAUAUGGCAAAUAAAAGUAUGAUUUGGUAAA